CCAAAAAAACGGGACAAUCCUAAUGACCGAGAGACCUCCGCAGGGAGCCUACGACCUCAAUAUUACGGUUUCUGACGGUGUGUGGCCAGAUACCUUCUCUACUAUCAAAAUUUAUGUACAAGAGAUUGGAAGUGACGCCUUCCGCAGCUCGGUGUCUCUGAGACUCACAAGCAUUACAGCAGAGGAAUUCAUAGAGAAGGAUGAGUUUGGAGUCAGCAGACGUGACCAGCUCCAGGCCGUCCUGGCAGACAUGGCAGCUGCCCAUCCCAGCCAUAUCCACAUCUUCAGUGUGGUGAACGCAGAGGAUAACGCGACCGACGUGACAUUUUCAGUAUGCGGAGCCGCCUCCUGCCACAAACCCGAGAUCUUACGGAGCUUAUUGACACCCCAGAGAGAGAAGAUCCGAUCAGUGCUGAAGGAAAGGAAUUCCCAAAUGUCCGGUACAGAAACAAUUUUACCAGAACUGUUAUUCUCUGCCCCAAAACCCUUGCCUGAAUGGUGGGACUUGCACGUCGACUCUCACCGGUUACAGGUGUCACUGUUUCACUUCGUUCCUUGGGCCACGCUACCAGCAGACUCAGAACAUUUCACGGUAACGGCUAUGCAUGGAUUCAUCGUAUCGGCCACUGCUCGGACAGCCAUCUAUCGCUGGAGUUCGUAA